AAUCUCAGCACAAUCCUCAUAGGGUUGUUAACCUAAUUCCCCAUUCCCCUCUUCCUUGUCUCUCACAGGCGCCGCCAGCAGCAGCAGAAAUGACAACCCGUUUCAAGAAGAACCGUAAGAAGAGAGGCCACGUCAGUGCAGGACACGGCCGUAUCGGGAAACACAGGAAGCAUCCAGGUGGUCGUGGUAAUGCUGGUGGUAUGCAUCAUCACCGUAUCCUUUUCGACAAGUACCAUCCAGGUUACUUCGGUAAGGUAGGUAUGCGUUACUUCCACAAACUCCGUAACAAGUUCUAUUGCCCAACUGUUAACAUCGACAAGUUAUGGUCACUUGUUCCACAAGAAGUGAAGGAUAAGGUUGCUGCUGGUAGUACUAAAGGGACUGCACCUGUCAUUGAUGUUACUCAGUAUGGGUAUUUUAAGGUUCUUGGAAAAGGUGUUUUGCCCGAAAAUCAGGCUGUUGUUGUGAAGGCUAAGCUUAUUUCCAAGAAUGCUGAGAAGAAGAUUAAGGAGGCUGGUGGUGCUGUUGUGCUCACUGCUUAGGUUUGCCUUUUUGAUUACUAGUUUUUGGUUAUUUUAUAUUGCCUUAUCUCGGACUUGUCGUAGUUGUUAUUUUCAGUUUUGUUUUUUUAUUAUCAAGGGAUGUUUAAACCUGUUUUUUGCUUUGAAAUACAUUCGGAUAUUGACUAUGCUUUUCGCUGGUUCAAUUGGAUGAGAUCUUUCCUUA